AUGGAAGAUUGUUGGGAAAGUGCCUUAGCCGAUUUUAAAGUUAGUAAUCGUAAAUGGGCAAAAGGUUAUUUUCGUAAUUUUCACUCUCCAGCUAGGGUUAAUUCCAUGGCGGAUCAAAACAACAAUGAAGACGCAGGUAUAAACUGCAAUUUGCCCAAAGAUGCAGUGGAGCGGAUACUUGUAGGGCUUCCGGUCAGAUCGCUGCUCCAGUUUAAGUCUGCAUGCAAAUCAUGGUACAAUUUCAUCAAGAGCUGUAAUUUUAUCAAAAUUUACCGCAAUCAUCAAAUCUCUCGUCCUCCUUCUGCCCUUAUAUCUUACAAAAAAAAUAAUGUUAGCUCAUUCUGGCCUGAUUUCUUUUCGCUCAAUCUUCAUCCUGAUACCAACAUUGAACAGUAUAAUUUCCCUAUAAACCAGCAAUUGUCUUUACCUUUUGCCAUUGAUGACGCAAAGGACUGGGCUAAUUUUGAGUUUUGCUACAAUGGCUUAAUUUGUUUGACGAAGGAUAUCUAUACCUCACCAGUAGCUAUUCUAUGGAAUCCCGCUAGUCGGAGAUACAAAUGCAUUAAUAUACCCUCUGAGUGCUCCAGAUUGACUUAUCUAAAACUCGGGUUUCAUCAACAAAGCAAUGAUUAUAAAAUUUUGAAAGUCCCCUUUCAAACGCGGAGUGAUGAUGAAUCAACAAAAAUGGCUUGGGUUUAUACACUGAGUUCAGGUUCAUGGAAAACCGUACCGUUUACCCUUCUUAGCCUAACUGUUGCUUGGGGACCUCAGAUUUCUGUAGAUGGUUUUGUGUAUUGGCUGGGUACACGCGGGGUGGAAUAUAUUAUCUGCUUUGAUCUGAUUAAAGACAAAUUCAAACUAAUGGAUGUUCCUGAUGAUCGUGGUUUUGAUCGCGAACUUGUUCAUAGAAAGCUUAUGGUUUUGAGGGGAUCACUUGCCAUGAUAGUUUCUGUUGAGGAUGGUACUAGGGAUACUGAGAUAUGGAUGCUUGUGAAAGGAAAUAGUCACCAACCAUACUUAUGGACUAAGAAGUUCAUUUUAGAACCUUUUUCCAAAGAAACAACCACGUUGGGAAUGUGGAACGAUCAUAAGCUUCUCGUAGUUGUUUCACAAACUCAUCCUCAUGCUCUCAGACAAGUCUACUCUUAUGAUUUGGUUACCAAAGAGACGGAAUAUUUUCAUAUGCCAAAGGAACAAGAUUUAGCAUCUUUUGCAGCAGUGCGUGGGUGCUAUUUUGAGAGCCUGGAACUUGAAGAUGGAUCUGGCGGGAGAUACUGA